UCAUCGAUCCCGGACAGCGCGCGCACCAGCUCGAGCCCGCAGCCCGGCAUUCACACCUCGCAGUGUGUAGUGAGAUGCCGUGGUCAGACUGUAAAGUUCUGGAGGCUGUUAAAGGAAGGUGGAGGUCAAGGCGAGGGUUCAUGCGUGGUUCACGGCUGAAGCUCACUUGCUCCUUCUGGUUUGUUGUGUUGUUCGGUGCUGGUGGUCUGAUACUCUUCAUCCACCUACAGGAUCUGUCAGAGAUGGUGCAGCAGCAGGGACCAGGGGUCAAUUUCAAUGGCUUGACAUGGCAGAUGAGAGAGGAGCUGUGUGCCCAACAUGACCGCAACAUCACAGGCAGAGUGGCUUCAGUUAAUUUGGAAAGACAGUCCAGACCUGACGAACCGAGUGAUGAUAACUAUGCCUCAAUGAUACAGUUUCCAGCUUUCAAUUGGACCAAACCAAAUCAAGCUUUUCAUCGUGUUACAAAACGCCACAGGAAACUUCUCAAGACCAACGCAGCAAUCCGGACGCUCUCCAACUCCUCGUCAUCAUCAGAGACUACACCCAAGAGUUGGCAGCACUUCUACCACAUGCAGAAAACUCGUCAUCAGCUGAUCAAGGAAGUCUGUGCGAAAUACCGGAGCAACAUCUCGCGAACAAUAACACCACACCAGGUGUCUCGCAUCUAUGUCGAGGACAGGCACAAGCUGCUGUACUGCGAAGUGCCCAAAGCAGGCUGUUCCAACUGGAAGCGAGUUCUGAUGGUGCUUGCUGGUGUUGCGUCCACCACACACAAGAUAAACCAUGACACCGUUCACUACGGCAACCACCUAACACGACUGGACAGCCUUGACCAGGAUGCGGUUUCUGAGCGCCUCCGUUCCUACACCAAGGUGCUGUUCAUUCGCGAGCCAAUGGAGCGUCUGGUUUCAGCAUUCAGGGACAAAUUUGAGAGCCCAAACUCAUACUAUCACCCUGUGUUUGGCAAACCCAUUAUCUCCAAGUACAGGGUGAAUGCAUCUAAAUCAGCACUUAGGACAGGAAGUGGUGUCACUUUUCAGGAGUUUAUCCGCUACUUGCUGGAUGUACACCGUCCCAUUGGCAUGGACAUCCACUGGGAGCCUGUAAGUCAGCUGUGUAGUCCAUGCCUGCUCGAUUACGAUUACAUUGGCAAAUUUGAGACCAUUGAGGAAGAAGCUAACUUCCUCUUACAGAGAGUGGGUGCUCCAAAAAACCUCACAUUCCCUACUUUCAAGGACAGAAACCCUGAAGCCGCGAGGACUACCACGCACAUCACACAGCGUUACUUCACACAGCUCAGUGCUUCAGACAGGCAGAGAGUAUAUGACUUUUACUAUAUGGACUAUCUAAUGUUUAACUACUCCAAACCUUUUCAUGAUGUGUACUGA